AACCAAUGGUAAUAAUUUAAGAGAGCAGACAAAAACAUGGCCGCCAUGUUGUUCACGUUUUCUUGAAAAUCUUCCUCUCAAGCAGCGUUUCAUCAAAUUUUCGCCGCCAAAAUGAUGCAAUCUCUCCUUGCCGGCCUUAAGAGCCGUUCAGACGAAGUUCGUCUUCAAGCAGCCAAAGGUUUACAACACUAUGUUUCGACUGAACUGAGAGAAGCUUCGCCGGAAAAACACACCAGUUUUAUGGACGACUUCAAUCACCAUAUUUUUGAGAUGGUUUCGAGUUCAGAUGCUAACGAGAAAAAAGGUGGAAUUAUGGCCAUAGUUGGCUUGAUCGGUAUUGCUGGUGGUGGGAAUGCAACAAAAAUGACAAGAUUUGCUAAUUAUCUGCGAAACUUGUUACCUUCCAAUGAUACCAUGGUCAUGGAGAUGGCAUCCAAAGCCAUGGGUCGUCUUGCCCUGACUGGUGGAACAUUCACGGCUGAUUAUGUUGAGUUUGAAGUCAAGAGAGCACUAGAGUGGCUUGGAGGUGAUAGGAAUGAAGGACGGAGACAUGCAGCUGUGUUGGUUUUAAGGGAGCUUGCUUUGAAUGCACCAACGUUCUUCUUUCAACAAGUCCAGCCAUUCUUUGAUAAUAUAUUCAAUGCAGUAAGAGACCCAAAGCAAGCGAUACGUGAAGGAGCAAUGGAAGCUCUCAGGGCCUGCCUUGUGAUACUUGCCCAGAGGGAGACCAAAGAGAUCAGAAAACCACCACUGUGGUACAGUCAAAGCUAUGAAGAGGCUAAAAGGGGAUUUGAAGACACAGUAAACACUAAGGAAAAGGGUGUGGUACUGACGAAGGAAGACAAGGCCCAUGGGUCAUUAUUGAUUAUUAAUGAGCUGAUGAGAAGUGCUAGUCCUGAAGGGGAGCAAUUCAAGAAAAAUUUAGAAGACAUCUACUGUGACCAAACACAGAGUCAAAUCAGUCUAAAUGACCUUGGCAUCACAUCGCCUAAGAGCAAGUUUGCACAACAGACUGGCUUCCUACACCAACGCUCUACCAUGUCUACUAUCGUUAGCAGUGGUUUGGGGGAGAUAAAUCCAAUGUGCCAUAGUAAAGUGUGCAAGGAAUAUAUGGAGGAUAAAUUUGAUGAGGUAUGUUCUCUCAUUCUGAAGUAUCGUGGAGUCAGAAACAGUGCUAUCCAACAGACUCUUCUUACUCUCAUCCCAAGACUGGCUGCUUUCCAACCUCAAAGAUUUGUUAAAACAUACUUACACAAGGAUGUGAUUUCCUACUUGAUUGCAGCUUUGAAGAGGGAGAGAGAAAGAUCUUCGGCCUUCAAAGCUGUUGGUCUGGUUGCUAUAGCAGUAAAACAGAACAUCGAAAAACACUGCAAAAACAUAUUAGACCUGGUGAAAGCUUCCCUACCCAUCAAGGACCUUGGACACAAGCGGCAGAAAACUGUAACUGUGGACCCAAUGGUGUUUGCAUGUGUUGCAUACAUGUCUCGUGCAAUUGGUCCAAAGAUUUCUAAAGAUAUCAAGGACCUCCUGGAACCCAUGCUGUCUGUAGGACUGAGCCCUGCUUUAACCGCCUGCCUUCAUGACUUGGCUAAUCAAGUACCCCAACUCAAGAGAAGCAUCCAAGAUGGUCUACUAAAGAUGUUGUCACAGAUACUCAUGCAUAAGUCACUGCGACACCCUGGUGCACCUAAGAGUAGCACCCCUACUCUUACUCCCUCAGCAUCUUCACAUUCGUUGUUUGAUACUGCUGAGAACCAAAGCACAGUGCUUGCAUUGAGGACAUUAGGAUCAUUUGAUUUUGAUGAUUCAUUGCGCACACAUGCCCAUCUUGUACGACAGUGUGCUGACACAUUCCUUGGAAGUGAACAUAAGGACAUCAGAAUGGAAGCUGUUAGGACUUGUUCCAGACUUCUCUCUCCAACCACCCAUCCAAUGGUAUCUGCCAACCAGACUUUACAGCACGGCCCAAUAAGUGCCACUUCUACACAUGUUGUAUCUGAAGUGCUGAACAAAAUGUUGAUGGUCGGCAUCACAGAUCCUGACCCAGACAUCCGAUACUGUGUACUCAUUUCUUUGGAUGAAAGGUUUGAUGCACAUCUUGCACAGGCAGAAAGUUUGGCAGCUCUGUUCGUAGCUCUUAAUGAUGAGGAAUUCGAAAUCCGUGAAGUUGCAAUAAUCAUCAUUGGAAGAUUAAGCAGUCUUAACCCAGCCUAUAUCAUGCCGUCAUUGAGGAAGACUUUGAUUCAGAUCUUGACUGAGCUGGAGUACAGCGGAGUUGCUCGUAACAAGGAACAGAGCGCAAGAAUGUUGGGCCACUUGGUCUCUAAUGCACCCAUGCUGAUAAGGCCCUAUAUGGAACCUAUAUUGAAGGCUUUGAUCCCUAAGUUGCGUGACCCUGAUCCUGAGGUAGUGAUCAGUGUUACAGCUGCUAUCGGAGAGCAUGCGCAGGUCUGUGGUGCAGAGACUGGUAAACGUAUGAAUGAAUUGUGUCCUAUCCUCAUCGACAUGCUGCAGGAUGCCUCUUCAUACCCAAAACGAGAGAUUGCACUUUGGACACUUGGUCAGUUGAUUGGAAGUACAGGUUAUGUUGUGGAGCCAUACAGAAAGUAUCCUAACUUACUUGAAGUUCUUUUAAACUUCCUCAAGACUGAACAGGCUCCAAGAAUCAGGCGAGAGGCUAUCAGAGUAUUGGGUCUUCUUGGUGCAUUAGAUCCAUACAAACACAAGUUGAAUCAAAGUCUUGGUGCUCAGGAUGAUAGUGGCAACACAACUACUGGCAAAGACAGUGAGAUAGACACAAGCACCAGUGAGAUGUUGGUCACAAUGGGUAGUGUUCAACUGGACGAGUUCUACCCUGCUGUCGUGAUAGCUGCAUUGAUGAGGAUUGUACGAGACCCAUCAUUAUCUGGACACCACACCAUGGUCAUCCAGGCUGUGACAUUCAUUUUCAAGACUCUCGGCAUGAAGUGUGUGUCGUAUCUUUCACAAAUCAUGCCCUCGUAUUUGAAUGUAAUCAGAACAUGCGACUUUGGAUUUAGAGAGUUUGUGUUUCAGCAACUUGGAAACCUCAUCUCCAUUGUCAAGCAACACAUUCGUAAUUAUCUGGAUGAUAUCUUUGCUCUCAUUAAGGAAUACUGGACAAUAAACAGUCAAAUGCAGACUACAAUCGUUCUUCUGGUGGAACAGAUUGCCAUCGCAUUGGGCGGAGAAUUCAAGAACUACUUGCCUCAGAUUAUACCACAGAUUCUGAAGGUCUUUAUGCAUGACAACAGUGUGCAAAGGAGUGUCACUACCAAGCUGUUGAAUGCCCUUCAGAUGUUUGGUUCAAGUCUGGAUGAUUACCUUCAUCUUCUUGUACCUCCUGUUGUACGACUCUUUGACUCUCAUGACAUACCACUGAAUGUUAGAAAAUGUGCGCUCGAUACCCUAGAUCGUCUGAGUGAGUCUCUAGACCUGACAGACUUUGCCUCUAGGAUCAUACACCCUAUAGUAAGAACCCUAGACAAUUGUCCUGAGCUGAGAACGACAGCCAUGGACACUUUGUCUUCACUGGUCUUCCAACUGGGCAAGAGAUAUUCCACUUUUAUUCCUACAGUAAACAAGGUCUUGAUGAAGCAUAAGAUUCAGCACCAACGAUACGAUGUCCUGAUAUGCAAGAUUGUUAAGAGUCCAUUUGUGUUGGACUGGGAGAAUGACCCAUUAUUACACAGACAGAAAGCUGGUAAAGGCAACUUCGCCGAUGAUUCUGCUACGACAGCUGCCAUUGAAGCUGCAAGUAUCAAGAAACUGGCCUUCAAGCCAGACAGCUUGUCCAAGGCCUGGGAUGCAGCAAGAUGUGUGUCUAAAGAUGACUGGAUGGAGUGGCUCAGACGACUGAGUGUUGAAUUACUCAAAGAAUCACCAUCUCCUGCACUGAGAUCCUGUUGGGCCACUGCACAGACCUACCCUCCCUUAGCAAGGGAUCUCUUCAAUGCCGCGUUUGUAUCUUGUUGGUCAGAACUGCCCGAAGAACUACAGAACGAACUCGUGCGUAACCUAGAACUGGCCCUAAAAAGUCAGAUCCCAGAGAUAACACAAACACUGUUAAACCUGGCGGAGUUCCUUGAACACACAGACAAGGGAGCUCUACCACUAAACAGUGAUCUUCUUGGUGAACAAGCUUCAAAAUGUCGAGCAUAUGCUAAAGCAUUGCAUUACAAAGAAGACGAAUUUCAUAAAAUGCCCACAACUGAAACGCUUGAAGCUCUAAUCAGCAUUAACAAUAAAUUACAGCAGCCCGAGGCAGCCCAUGGUGUCCUGGUCUACGCUACAAACAAACACGGUGCUGAUGUGGAAAUCCGAGAACGUUGGUACGAGAAGCUACAUGACUGGGAGAACGCCUUGGCUGCCUAUAAGAGCAAACUAGAGCAGGAUCCUGAUGACAUGGCCUUGAUACUAGGAAAAAUGAGAUGUAUGGAAGCCCUAGGAGAAUGGGGUGAACUGCACCAAGUAGCAUGCGACAAAUGGCCGAACGUUAGUGAUGAGAUACGAAAGAACAUGGCAAGGAUGGCAGCCGCGGCUGCGUGGGGACUGGGUAAUUGGGAGAGUAUGGAGGAAUACACUUGUAUGAUACCAAGAGAGACCCAGGAAGGAGCGUUUUAUCGUGCUGCCUUAACGUUACACCAUGACCACUUCCAACAAGCUCAGGGUUGUAUCGAUGCCGCACGUGACAUCCUGGACACAGAACUGACAGCUAGAGCAGGAGAGAGCUACAACCGUGCCUAUGGGGCCAUGGUAACGGUCCAGAUGUUAUCAGAACUAGAAGAGAUUAUUCAAUACAAGUUGAUUCCUGAGAGACGUGAAUCCAUCAAACGAACCUGGUGGAACAGACUACAGGGCUGUCAGCGUGUAGUUGAAGACUGGCAGAAGAUCCUCCAGGUACGGUCCUUGGUUCUAACACCACAAGAAGACAUGCAGUCAUGGCUCAAGUAUUCCAGUCUGUGCCGUAAGAGUGGACGUCUGGCGCUCAGUCACAAGACCCUUGUCAUGCUACUGGGUAGUGACCCAUCAAAACACCCUGAUCAACCCCUACCAACUACCUAUCCACAGGUGACGUUUGCCUACAUGAAACACAUGUGGAGAGAAGGACAAAAG